AAGCUCUUUCGCCUGAAUCACUUCCAAAAAAAUUAGAAGUUAUAGUUGCUGCCCAUACAUCAUACUAUAAAAUCCCAUCCCAUUUAAUUUAUGUUAUUAUAUUUAAGGUAUAUCUUGAUAAUUAUCUUUCGAACUUCUCAUCAAACGAAGCUAAAGAGCCAAAUCUCAUUAAAUUCUGA